UUGUCGGCGGCGGCGGCGGCGGCGGGGACGGCCAUGCUGCUCACCGUGUUCUGCCUGCGCCGCGACCGCUCCGAGAUCACCUUCAGCCUCCAGGUGGACGCCGACUUCGAGCUCCAGAACUUCCGCGCCCUCUGCGAGCUGGAGUCCGGCAUCCCGGCGGCCGAGAGCCAGAUCGUUUAUGCGGAGCGGCCGCUGACCGACAACAACAGGUCCUUGGCCUCCUAUGGCUUGAAGGACGGGGACGUGGUGAUCCUGCGCCAGAAGGAGACGGUGGAGCCUCGGCCUUCCAUCCGCUUCCCAGGUCUGCCCAGGAUAGACUUCAGCAGCAUCGCCGUGCCCGGGACGUCCUCGCAGCAGCACCAGCCCCCGGCACAGCGGCCUCGCCCGUCGCCCCCGGAUGCGCCGGCGUUCCCGCAGGGCCUGGACAACCCGGCGCUGCUGCGGGAGAUGCUGCUGGCCAACCCCCACGAGCUGUCCCUGCUCAAGGAGCGCAACCCGCCCCUGGCUGAGGCCUUGCUGAGCGGGGACCUCGAAAAAUUCACGAGGGUGUUGCUGGAGCAACAGCAGGACCGAGCCCGGCGGGAGCAGGAGAGGAUCCGACUCUAUUCCGCUGACCCCUUUGAUCUCGAGGCACAGGCCAAGAUAGAAGAAGACAUAAGGCAACAAAACAUUGAAGAGAACAUGACGAUAGCGAUGGAAGAGGCGCCCGAGAGCUUCGGGCAGGUGGUGAUGCUCUACAUUAACUGCAAAGUCAACGGGCACCCCGUGAAAGCCUUUGUGGACUCAGGUGCCCAGAUGACCAUCAUGAGCCAGGCCUGUGCUGAGAGGUGCAACAUCAUGAGGCUGGUGGAUCGGCGGUGGGCCGGCAUCGCCAAGGGCGUAGGGACACAGAAAAUCAUUGGCAGAGUGCACUUAGCUCAGGUGCAGAUUGAAGGGGAUUUCCUGGCGUGCUCCUUCUCGAUCCUGGAAGAGCAGCCCAUGGACAUGCUCCUAGGACUGGAUAUGCUUAAGAGGCAUCAGUGCUCCAUCGAUCUCAAGAAGAACGUUCUGGUGAUCGGCACGACGGGCUCGCAGACCACGUUCCUGCCAGAGGGGGAGCUCCCGGAGUGUGCCCGGCUGGCCUACGGUGCCGGGCGCGAGGACGUGCGGCCCGAGGAGAUCGCGGACCAGGAGCUGGCAGAAGCAAUACAGAAAUCCGUGGAGGAAGCAGAGAAUAGUGACAAAGAAACUACCUCACUGGAAAUGCCCUCAUUACCAGCUUCUGAUGGGUUUCAAAAUCCAGUCCAGUCUUCAGGACUAAAUUCCAAGAUCUGUAAUCCCACAAAUCAAUUACUUGAUCGUUCUGUCUCUGCCCCUGCUUCAAUUUGCUCAUCCGAAUCCAGCCUCGCAGAGCCCAUUGAUCCCAGAGCCGUCAAGACUUUUGACUCUUCACCUGAACGCCAGAUAAUCCCGGAAAAAGAGCAUCCUCUGGUGUUAGAGCAUCUUUCCAAUAGCUCUUCCUUGGCAAAUAACCCGUCUCCCCACACCGGGGAGGCAACCUGCUCCAAUCCAGCUUGCCUUUCACAGAAGACACUCGAAGAAACAUUUAUUGCUGACAUUUUAAAGGAAUGUAAUGCUAAAGGACAAGAUCACAGUCAGGAACAUCCUCUGGAAGUGACAAAAGACAAUUUGACUGACACUGCUGCCAAGCAUGGGCAGGAUGAAGAUGUCUGUCUGCCUUCGGAGCAGGAGCAAGAGCAUGAGCUUCCCAUAGACCAUCGGACGUGCAAAGAGCCAGAAAAGGAACAUCUGGAGGAGCAAACUGAGACAACUGACCCAGAACCUCCUUGCCAUGUUGGUGGGUUUGAGAAACCUGUUGUGGCAGAAGCCAACCAGCCAGAAGAUCCUCCCCUGGAAACAAGAGAUGGACUAGAGAGAGCAGGUCUUUCCUGUUCGAAAGGGAUUAUCCAGCUGUCAGCCUCCUGUGUGCACAUGGAAGCCUCCAUGGAAGUCGAUGUAGUUGAGCAGGAUGCAGCUGAAGUGCGGAGCUCAGCAAGGGAGCAGAAGCAGCAGACCGACGACAGACGUGUAUCUGACCUGAGCUCGGACGCCUUUUCCAUGGAGGUGGAGUUGCUGAAGUCUCCGUCCUCCUCAAGGGCUCUGCUUCCCACCGGUGAUGUCCUGCAGUCUAAAAGCUCUGGGGAAAUUCCUGCAGAGUUGUCUAAUUUGGUGACUGAAGUCAGCUCUUCCCCCUCCAGCAUCCACGAGCUGAACACGGCUCCAGGAGGACCUUCAGAAGAGCCAUGUUUCCCUCUGGCAUCAGCCUUGAAAGAGCUUCACAAACUCUUGGUUAUCAGUCGGAAAGGGGAAUGUAAGAUUCUCGCCUCGGAAGAAGUCUCCCAGCUCGAAAUGGUUUGCAGAGAGCCAGCAGCAGUGGAGAAGGGGCUUCCUGAAGGUGAGCAGAAAGGCUCAGAUCCAGCGAGCCAGGAACAGAGCUGCUCCUGCCCCGAGGUGAGGUCUGAGGGGAGCCAGCCCUGUGAUUCCAGCAGAGAGCACAUCAGCACCGGGCCUGUUGGUCGCAGUCAGCCUGCACUCGGGGAGGGGCCUCUAGGGAGGCAGAAGGGUCCAGGUAAGAGCCAUUUGGUCCUGGAGAGUUCUGCAGCCACACCUGGGCAGCAGCAGAGCCUGGAGCAGGGGGAGGCUUUGGCAGAAUCUUCUCAGAGUCCAGCUAGUCCAACUUUGGAGCAAAACACACCCGUUUCCUCCACACCUGCUUUGGGUGAAGGCGCACCUCAGGAUAUGCAGGGCCUGUUCAUGGGAGCGCCUGGGAGGAGCAGCAGUGCUGCUCCUGAGGGUGGGUGUGAGGAGCCACCACUGAACCCACCAGCUGCCUGCACCAGACUGGCCGCGGGUGCCACUCCAGCCCCUGCUUUCCCUGCGGCUGAUGUCGACCGGAUCCUCAGUGCUGGUUUCACCCCGCGGGAGGCUCUCGAGGCCUUGGAACAAGCGGAUGGAAACGCAGAUCUUGCUCUUCUCAUUUUGCUGGCCAAGAGUAUCGUCGUUCCCACGUAACAGGGAGCUGGCUGGGGGGUCUUCUACAGGAUGUAUCUCAAUUACACACCACAAUGGAUGAGCAGAAUGUUGAGCCAGAUUUUUUAAUUAUUUGCAGCCAAAGUAACUUGUCUCUUCUGUUUUACUUAAUAGAUUUGGCCUUUGAGAAGAAAGAAAACAUCCUAGCAUUGUGUGGACAGAAUAGCUUUUAAUUCUUCCUACUGGAUUAAAAUGACUGGGUUAUUUAAAUGUACAAUUUUAGAAUAAGCUCCAGUGCUACGAAUAAAAAGCAGAAGCCGUUGUGCUCACUGCCCUGUCUGGAGCAAAGUGGGUUGUGACAGGAAUUGGCCAUGGGAUGGGAGGUGCACGUGGAGUCCACACGGACUCUGGAUUUGUUGUAGCUCUUUAUAACCCAAAAUCCAGCUGUUGAAACCAUCCUGGCAGCAACUAAAGAUGUGUAGAUGCCCACAGACAUAAAAGGCUUUGUUAGAGGAGCGAGGGGUGUGGGUUUUUUGGGGAGUGUGUUUUUGUGUGUGCACGGGGAAGGCUGAUGCUUAUUUUUGCCAAACCCUUUUAAGCUGGUUAGAUUUAGAGUUGGACUCGAUGAUCCUUGUGGAUCCCUUCCAACCCAGAAUAUUCUGUGAUGCUCUUGGGCCAGUGUGUUCCAGUUUACAACAUGGGGAUAGAAGAAGGGAAGGGAUAGAAUUUGGUGCUACCAAAACUUUAAAGAGACAUUUUAACUUAUUUGGAGAUGCAUUGGUAUUAAUUGCAGGGGACAGGGGGAGGGAAAAGGAGUAUUUGACAUUUUUUUCUAGCCUUGCCCACAUCUCAUUUCCCCCAUGCAGAAAGAACAAGCUCAACCACUUAAAGGCAAAACCUUAACAACGAAUUUGUUUAACAAACCAACCAUGUGUUAUGGCUCCAAAUCCUCCUCUGCCCAGGGAGGAAUGAACUUCAUCUCGGUGGCUGCAUUCCCUGUGCUCUGAGAGGGGCUGUGAUUGGAAGAAGGAUCUGCUUUGCACUGGUUUGCCUGGAUGUUUGGGGAUGAUCAGCCUCUGAGCUGGGGGGUGCUGAUCUCACACCUCUUCAAGAGUAAGGACUCCCCAGUAGGGUUCAUGAAACAAAUGCACUGACGUGGCUUCUGUGCUACAACCGUCGUGGCCUUCUGGGACACCCCUGGGGAGUCCCUGCGUGGUGAGGCCUCACUGAGGCUGUGCUGUAGGAAGCCCUUUCCAGAUGCUUUUUUUGGGGGAUGAUGCUCUGCAAAGCCCCAAAACUCUGUUGGGGCUGGGGAAGGAGAAGGAAAGUGUGGCUGAAACCAAAAUUUAAGUAGGAACUUUGAUUUAGUCCCACUUGCAAAUCUCAGAAGUGGCUUUGUGUCAGGUGUUCAUCUUGAACUUGCUGCACUGAGCUGAACGUGGAGUGAUGGCUCAGCAGCACCAGACACGUGUUUUUGUUUGUGGCUUCCAUGUGGUGUUGUCAUUGUCUCAGGCCUGGGUCCUGGUGUUUCGUGUUCCCUGUUGCUUUAGCAGGUUUCCUACAUGUGUGCUGGGCUGUUUUCGUGCAGGUGGCAUUUAAAACCAACACAGAUUUGGUUUCAUCUGUCACCUCGCAAGAGUUUCUGCUGUCAGUGAGCGCUGGUGUCAGAUUCGUCUCAGACACGUGGGCAGCCAGGAGAUCCUUUACAGUAACGAAGAGCCUUAAGGCAUUCCACUGUCAAAGGGAGCUUUUCCAUGCGCUGGGGCAGUCCCAGCCAGGCCUGGAGCUCCCAGACAGGUUUGGCUUAUAUCCCUCUGCUUGUGAUGCCAGCAGUGGGUGUUGCUCCGUGUGGGAAGCAGUGCUUGGCUGUCUGGGAACCCCCCGCCUGAGCAGCAUCCAGCAAUUCAGUUGGAGCUCUGCUCAAAAUGAGUUCCUGAGGCCAGACUGCAGCUUUCUCGUCUUCACCGUGUGAGUGGUGGAGUUCCCCCUGCUGAAGGUUUGGUUUAAUAUUCUUGCAGUGAGCACCUCAAAUCAGCAAAAGCCCCUCUGUGAAGGGCAGCACCUGGGCUGGUACAGGAGUAGUGUCAUCAGGUCUCUCGAAGCCUUAGGAAAUAGAAUAUUUUAGACCUGUUCCCAUCUGCAUCUGGUUCACUAUCAGAAGCAGCAGCAACGAGGCUCCAGCUCUCAGAUCCAGAGUGACUUCAGACAGCUGAAUCUGCUCCCAGUUUGUGCCCUGGGGCUGGGUGAGGUGGUCCUGGGAGCAAAGUAACGCAGGUAGCAGGUGCAGGUUGGCCCUCUUGGAUGCAGGAGAGCUGAACCUGCACCCUUAGUCUGCAUGUGGAUCUACUGCCAGCUGCUUGGAGCAUCAGAUGUUGGCUGCUCAAUGUUAGCUCCUCAUGUUAGCUCCUCAGUGUUAGCCCCUUGUGCUCACCCUUUGUGUUUUAGGAGCUGCUGCUCUGCACCGGGCUGGGGACAGGCUCUGGUUUCACGGCGACUUAGGCUGCGCAUACGGAAUUUACGCUAUAAAAGCUUUAGAGCAUCAGCCAGUCUGCUUCAAUGCUCAGUUUUACUCCUUGUCAAAUACGAGUUUUGAAACCCGCCCUCCUGCCAAAGCUGUAUGGAAGCAUUUAUCCAUAGUGCUAGAAUUCCCUGGGUAACUCUCUCAACUGCUAGAAACAAACCCUGACCCCCAACUGAUAAAUACUUGUAAAACUUUUAUCAAGUAGGUCCAAGCCUGGUGAUUUAAAUCUCUUCAUUUCCGAGCCUUGCUUUGAGUGAAUGGCUAUGCGCUGCUGAAUUAGCGAAUAAUUUUUUUAGGAGUAAGAUUUAGGAGAAAAUUGGGGCAGUGGUGAGUAUUUAAGGUUAAAAUAAAAUGUAAUAGAACGUGUGUUUAGCGAACGCUGUCUAAAAGUUGUCUUUGUUUCAAUGUGUGUCCUCUCUGCUGCGUGCACACACACGUCCUCUGCUCAGCUUCCAGCAAUCCCUUUGCUGGUCCCUGUGCUGACCUGGCUCACAGAGUGGGAAUAUUUCUAUGGAAGGAGGGAUGGCAGAGCGCUACAGCUUGUUGGCUACAGCAGGGGAUAAAGGUACCACCAAAAGCUUUUCAGGUUUCCAAAGAGCUGUGUAUCCUGGCCUAAAAUCAGACCUUUGCUCUCUUCUCUUCCCCCUCAUCAUUAAUUGGUGCUCCAGUGUCCUAAUGUCACAUCAGCAAAGGGAUUUCACCAUGAAAGUCCUGCUCUAGAGAGUAAAGCAACGCUCAGAAGCUGCUUCGUGAAGCUGCCAGUGCCUGUGGGACCGGGUGGGUCCGUAGAGAUUGUUUGUGGGUGUUCCUUGGAGCCACUGUUGGUUUUGGAUGUAUUAUUUUCCUUAAAGAUAUGGAAGCAAUGGCCUUGGCCUCUUGCUGAGCAUGUGUUUCUUUACACAAGGCCGUAGGUGAGCACAGAGGGAUGUUUAGUGAAAUCCCAAAAUCUGGAAGUUUCUGGGCACAAGUGACUGACAAGAGGAGGGAUUAUUCCUGGUGAUGGUCCCUGGCAUGUUUUCCUGCUGCUGGACAGAGCUGAGCUGUGCUGUUACCCUGACAAUCUGCCUCGUUGCUGCAUCUGUUUGACUUUCUACAUAGGCACUUGGUCUCCAGGACUGUUAAUCUUGUACCUUCUCUGUGUUCCUCUCUUCCUGUCUUUGUCUCUCCCUCUUGCCAUCCUCUCCUCAAAAGUAGCAAUAUUUAAGUGUACUUGCUGAAUGCUAACUUCAGUUUUCUCUAAGAUGCUAUGCCAUUGACAAAAGGAGAAGCAGAUCCUAGAGGUUUCUUCACCAGACUUGGAUUUCUUGCCAAACAGCUCCCCAGAACUUUAACAGGAAUUCAAAGAGGAGAAAUCCAGAGGUAUUUUUGCCUGCCUCUCUCGGAAGUCAGCUUGGGGGUCGGUUUCGUGUACAUCAUUCCCCUCUGAAGUGUUCAAGAGAUUUCUUCCUGCACUGUGUAGAUGAGGCUUGGUCUGUGAUCCAAAUGUACCUUUGGGUCACACUUUGAUGCUUUUUAGCUUCAGAGUUUUACAGACUCACUUAGGGAACUUGAGGGAAUCAAUACUCAGGAAUCCUAAAGCUGGUUGUGUUUGUGUUGUUGACUCUCAUGGGCUGAACACGCUGCGGCCUCGCAGGCGGCUGAAGGGAGGAGAGUGGGUGUGUCACCAGUGGGAUGUGGUUCUGCCCAGAGUAAUACACACUUGAUUCUUUUUUUUGAUUUUUUUUUUUUAAUAUCGGGGGACUGUUUAUCAACAAAAUUGAUGUGUAAAGAAAAUUUGAUAUUUAAAAAAAUGAAUAAAAACUUUAUCAUAAUGUUG